AUGUAUUACUCAUUAGCGCAACUAUCUUUUUCUGGUUUGCUUUUCUUGAUUCAAAUUGUUUUUCUAUACUUCAUCAGAAGAAGAGAUCAGAGUUAGAGCCAAGUAUUUUAAGAGUAAAUAAAUUUAAUAAUGUAGAGUAUAGUAAGUAAAAGAAUCGGAAGGUCAUACUUAAAAUGGUUAGUAGAUAAGGGCUUCAGUCAUGAUAAACUCUAAGAAUAGAUAGAGAGUUUAAUCAGGUCGACACAAUAGUUUAAAAGUUGAUGGGAUUGAGGAGCUCCCACCUUUGACUUUGGGGAAUCAUUAGACUCAUCACUACACAGAAGGUGUUGCUAAGGAACAAAAAACUUAGCCGAACAGGGUUGAAUCGCCCAAUAGUAGUACGAUUCUGUAAGUACAAACUUCAAAAGUAAAAUCUCAAACAGAAAAUCCAGAGAGUCAUAGAGAUCCUUUUGAUUAAUUAAUUGGGGAUUCUGGAUCAAAGUAGAGGAAAAUUGAUCUGAUGAUAUAGUUAACAUAUUACUUUGAGCGAAUUGGAUUUGAAUAAGGAUUACUUUUGUUACUAUGGAAGUUUGAUUUAAAUUUUUACAUCUUCAUUCCAUUGUCGUUGUUUUCAGGAGUGCUGCUGAGAAUGUAAGAGAAAUUGGGGUACAGAAUGAUUUAGAUGAUGGUAUCAAUUUUGAUCCACGGACUUGUUGUACUUGAGAUGUACCUCUUGACUACAGAUGAAUACGAAACCAUUUGUUAUUUAAUAGUGUUAGGGAUAGAGACUAAGUUCAGUGUGAUAUCAUUGAUUUUGCAUAAGAAAUGCCAAUGAUAAAAUUUAUUCAUAUGAAUAGG